UCAGAGAGAGUGACAGAGCGCUUUACGACAGUUGCUUUGUGGCAGCAGAGGAGGAGGAAGAUGGCGGCCACCUUAGUUGCUGCUCGAGGAGAGGGUCCCGCACCCGCCUGGGGGCGGGAGGCUGUAGCCCCAGACUGGGAAAACCGGGAAGUCUCCACAGGGACCACUAUCAUGGCUGUGCAAUUUGACGGGGGUGUGGUUCUGGGAGCAGACUCCAGAACAACCACUGGGUCCUAUAUUGCCAAUCGAGUGACUGACAAGCUGACUCCUAUUCAUGACCAUAUUUUCUGCUGCCGUUCAGGCUCUGCAGCUGACACCCAGGCUGUAGCAGAUGCUGUCACUUAUCAGCUUGGAUUCCACAGCAUUGAACUGAAUGAGCCUCCAUUGGUGCACACAGCAGCCAGCCUCUUUAAGGAGAUGUGUUACCGAUACCGGGAAGAUCUGAUGGCGGGAAUUAUCAUUGCUGGCUGGGAUCCUCAAGAAGGAGGACAGGUAUACUCAGUUCCCAUGGGAGGUAUGAUGGUAAGGCAGUCCUUUGCCAUUGGAGGCUCUGGGAGUUCAUAUAUCUAUGGCUAUGUUGAUGCUACCUACCGUGAAGGCAUGACUAAGGAGGAGUGUCUGCAGUUCACUGCCAAUGCUCUUGCUUUGGCUAUGGAACGGGAUGGCUCCAGUGGAGGGGUGAUCCGCCUGGCAGCCAUUGAAGAAUCGGGGGUAGAGCGGCAGGUACUUUUGGGAGACCAGAUACCCAAAUUCACCAUUGCUACUUUACCACCUCCCUAAGUCUGCGAUUCUAGGAUGUAAUAAUAUUCACCCCGUACCAAUAAGAAUUUAAUAAACAGUUUGUCAAAGAGA